AUGGCUACUGCAACUUCGAAGCAUGCUGGCUCGUCCUUCGCUGGCUCGUCUCUCGCUGGCUCGUCCAAGAGGGAACGGAAAUUGCCUGUGCAGCAGUUGAGUAUAUUGGCAAUAUGCCGCUUCGCCGAACCCCUCGCCUCCACCUCCCUCUACCCCUACCUCCCCGAAAUGGUCGAAUCCUUCUCCAUCCCACAGAACGAAGUCGGCAAAUACGCCGGUCUCUGCGCCGCAAUCUUCUCCCUCUUCCAAGCCUUCAUGGGAAUCCCCUGGGGCCGCUUCGCCGACACCUUCGGCCGCAAGCCGGCCAUCUUGCUAGGGUUGGCGUCCACGAUGAUCACAUCUUUGAUGUGGGGAUUCAGUAAGAGCUUGCCAAUGGCGGUGGUCGCGAGAGCGCUGGCGGGGAUGGGGAAUGGGAAUGUGGGGAUUAUAAGGACGACGGUGGCGGAGAUGGUGCCGUUUAAGGAGUUGCAGCCUAGGGCGUUUAGCUUGAUGCCGUUGGUGUGGAAUGUUGGGAGUAUUUUUGGGCCGAUGAUUGGAGGGGCGUUGGCGAAUCCGUUUAAUGUUAAGCCCGGGGAGAGGAGGGAGAAUGCGAGCUUGUUGGAAAUCUUUCCGUAUGCGUUGCCAAAUAUUGUGAGUGCGGCGUUCUUUGCGGUGGGGAUUACGACGGGGUUGUUGUUUCUUGAGGAGACGUUGGAGGGGAAGGAUCCGGGGACGGAUUAUGGGUUGAGGGUGGGGAGGAAGAUUACGGGGUUGUUUAAGAGGCAUGUUUUGAAGUUGGAGGAGGUAUUGCAUUUGAGGGCGAAGCAGGAUAAGACGCAGGAGAAUGGUGCGCCCAGGGAGACGGAUCCUCUGCUUAAUGGUAAUGGGAAGGCGACAGAUGAGGAGCAAGACGAUAUGCCAUGUGAAACGAAGCCGAAACUCCCUCGACCUGGCUGGAGGGAGGUUCUGAACCGACAAGCGGUGGUCAAUUUGAUUGUCUACAUAUUGCUUGCCAUGCACGGAAUGGCUUUCGAUCAGCUUGUGCCAGUCUACAUGCAGCAUAGGCCGAUCGGAGGAGAAGGCUCAACACCGUACAGCCCACCAUUGAAGUUUGCAGGCGGGUUCGGCCUCAACCAUUGGCAAAUCGGUCUGAUCAGCACUGGCUACGGCAUCUUGGGGAUGGUCGUUCAGUUCCUGCUCUUCCCACCGCUGGCAAGGAAAUUCGGCGUCCUUUUCUGGCUCAAAGUAGUGGCGUGCUCCUUCCCAGUCGUCUACUUCCUCACACCAUUCACGGCUCUGCUGCCAACCACACAGUCUCAGGUCGGAUGCAUGUUCACGAUCAUGAGCUUGAAAUGCCUAUGCGGUAUCUUUGCAUUUCCCUGCAGCACAAUCCUACUCACGAACAGUGCUACCAGCUUGCGCACGCUGGGCACUCUGAACGGAAUCGCAACUUCAGUAUCGGCGAUUGGUCGAGCUGCUGGUCCUGCGCUGGCUGGAGCUAUCUUCUCGGCUGGAGUUAAGAAGGGGUAUGUGAUCGCUCCUUGGUGGUUUCUGUCAGCUUUGUCUAUCGUGGCCGCAAUACCUGUCUUCUGGCUUGUGGAAGGCGAGGGCUUUGGUGGGGACGAUGAAGUCAGUGACGAGGAGACUGAAGAUGAGGUAGCUGAAGACCAUCUUCGAGCUGUUGGACUGGAAGGCGAAGCUCAGAAUGCAGGUAAAGCUGGCCCGAUCCUCCCACCCGGUCAACAUGGCGAAGAGGAACACGAGGAACGUACUUAUGGUGGGCUUGCACCUUUGAGCAGAACGAACACCACGGCUUCCGCGGCGCUUCUAUCAGAUCACGGCGAUGACGCUGCUGGACCGGCUAGUCCCAGCAUGAGUAGACGAGCCUCCGGGUAUAAGACUGGAGACGACGAUGAUCCGACGAACAAGACUUUGAGCAGAAGAAGCUCAAAACGCGUGAUGCGUAGGAUGUCUAUACCGAUCGGUAUGGGACAAGGCAUCAGUCGAAAGUACAGCAGUAAUCUGGGACAGAGUUACGGCAGCGCUGGUGUGUAUCAAUGA